UUGAGGGUGAGGGGACAGGGACAGACUGACCAUUUGGAAACUCAGGCGCUGCCCGAGGGCCCGGGGUCAGUAGGGGGCCCCAUGAGAUGCCCCUGGUACCUUUUUCAUAGGCUUUUUUGAGUUUGGGCAAGGACACAGGGGCCCCAUGAUCCCCUAUUGCCUGGGGGCCCCAUGAGUUGUCAGUCCGCCCGUCAUAGGCUUUUUUGGGGCAAUGUUGGGAUCAGGGGCCCCUGAUUUCCUUGUCUGGGGGCCCCAGUCC